GCAUCCCCAGCCGCUUCGAUGGCCAAGCUCUUGUCCGUGGCCAUCUGCGUCUGCGCGCUGUGGGCGCUGUCGGCGGUCACCGCCCCGGCCUUCCUGCCGCCGGCGCAGCAGCUGCGCGGCUCGCAGGUGGCGCCGGAGCUGUCCGCCUCGCAGGCCGCCGUGCUGGGCACCGUGCUGGCCGCGCCGGAG